AUGAUUUUCUUCUCAGCCUUCAGCUGCCUCUUGGCCGGAAAGGACUUCACGGAAAGCGCUAUUGGUCGGCUUAUGUUCAAUCAGGCGGCUUUCCUGGAGCAACUGGUUCGUGCGCCCUUCUCUUUAGUUGUUACAGGCGUGAGGGCGGCCAGCUACCUCGCUUGCGCCUAUGUAAAUAGCUUACUAGCGGUUAUAUAUGCAGCACUAGACCUGCUAUGGUUCGUUUACGUAGACUGGGGUCCGGUUGCCCACAGACCUUGGAAGAAGGUUUGGCAGGCAUUGCCUUCGCUGUUGCUACAAGCCGCAAUUUGGGCUCUUUUGGUCGAAGUUGUUCUCAUUUUGGUUUACCUGCGUUUUGGCAAUGUGUACAAAAGGAUCAGCAGACAUUGGACAGGGCGAGUAUCUGCCCGACCGGAGUCAGUAGAUGGAGAGCACCUACCUGCGCGUUUUCCUGUCUGUAUGAAGAAUUUCAGCUGCUCGGGCGAAGACAGUUUCGCGGAAUUUUUGCUGAUGAGACGGGAACAAUUCAGGGAGGCACGAAAACGGAAAUCCCCCAAGAGAGAGAACACCCCAGUAGACAGCUUCGACGAAGAUAAUGACGCGGCCUACGGCGCCACAACCUAUAACGGCGAAAGUAAAGAGCAUUAUCAUGCCGAUUUGUUAUUAUCGUCCGGUGGAAGGCAGUCUGCUAGCGAAACAGAAUCAGAAUAUGACUCUGAAGAGACUGACAGCGAAGAUGGGGAUUUUCUUGGCAAACAGACAAACACACACGGCGAAGAAGAUCAUCUUGCACAAACCUGGGUUGCUGGCGGCGAUAUCAAGAGCCUAUUUGCACCUUUGGAGUUGGAGGGAAAACUAUAUAACGCCUUUCGCUCAAACAGAGAGGCAGCUGAAGGCUCAGAAGGCUACGAAAGCGAACAAGCGGUCAACACCCCUGCAAGCGAAGGCUUCGAACUCGAAGAUGCAAACGAAUGGCCUCGCAGGCAUUCGCCUGCAAGUGAGGGACAUGUGGGACGUCGUGUGGAUGUUGAUGAACCAUCGUUGACUUGUGAACUUUCAGGCCCUGAGCCCGCCUGCUAUGAAAUGGAAGAAUUCACCGAUGGCUUCCCGGGCAGUCCGCUGUUGAAGGCGUCUCCUAAGGGGGGAAGCAACGGCGAUGCUGAGGAAGCUGCUGCAUCACUACACAGUCGCUCCAAGGGUGGGACUGAGCUUGAGGAAUGCGAAGCAGAAGAAGAUGAAGAUUGGUGUAUUGUUGCAGAUGGAGCGUCCAAGGCAGGUGCAGAGGGGUGCUAA